UUAACAGAACAUCCAGCAAUGGAUAAAUACUUUGACAACGAGAUUAUUAUAGAAGAAGGGAAUAGCGAGCAUGCCCAAGAUGAUGAGCAAGUCAGUGUUGAAAAGACAUUAGAAGGGCUACGAACUUGAGGUGAAGGGAGUAAUAGUAUUGAGAGCAAUAGAUGUAGUGACCAUACUCCUUCUGCAUCAACUUCCAAAGCUAGAGCUAAUUCGAAAAGGAAGAGAUCUUCCAUUUCUAAGAAUACAAUUGAAGGAUCGUACUACUCACGUAAUUCAAGCCAGAACCAGUCUUUACCAGCUGGAAAAAGCUUAGGUAAGCAGAUAAUGAAGAGAAAACUAAGCAAAAAGUCUCUAAAAGGAAGCUCUAAUACUGUUAUGUCCCUAUCCAAGAUGCAAAAAUAGGCGAAGUUCUUUGAACUUUAAGCCUUCUCUGGGGCCUUUUGCAGGCCUUGGGGUGCUAAGCUAUAAGAAAGGAGUUCCUCCGAUGCACAAUUAUUUAAAAGCAAAGAACAAUGCAAAGAAGUUUGUCAAUCAUCACAUCGAAGGUCUUGAGAACAAACGGAAUACUCAGAAGAAGCUGGAAAGAGGAAUGAAGAAGACUCUCGGAGCCAGCCAGAUCUCAAGCCUCUAUGUCAAGCAUGCAAACAGAGAGACACGUAGAUGUUUCCAUCACUGGAAAGACUUGUUCCAACAGGAACAAAUUAUAGAGAAUAUGUUCAGGUUUUACUCAAACAGAGUCGCUAAUACUUUCAAUAAUGCUCCGGAAAUUCCUUUAGAAGAGUAUUCUGAGAAAUAGGAAACAAAUCGCAUACCAAAAUGCUGUUGAGAACAAAUGAAGCCAACUAAAGAAGGUCAUUGAGGAGCGACAGAAGAGUAUUGUCAGUACACAAACACAGUUAGAGAAAUCAAAGGAACAAGCUCAUCUGCUCGACACGUAUCUCAAGAAGCAAAAUAUGAAUUUAAGAAUUAAUCUUCUGGUUAAAUCUAUGAAGGAUGCCUUCCUCAGGCCUAAAAAGGAAGGGCUUAAUGCACUUCAAAAAUAUAACAAAGAGGUGAAAUUUCAUACACUUGUGAAGUUAUCGAAUAUCAUGAAUAAGAGGAUCAUUCUGAACGAGAAAUUUAUCAGAUAUACUUACUUCCAUAGAUGGAAGAAUAUUUCAUUUGAUGAUUAUGAGUUCACAAUUGAGGGAUUCAUACAAUCCCAGUUGAAAGCAACUGUUCCACAUACAAUAUCCCUCGUUAAGGUCAAAGACAAGAAUUUGGAUUACCAGAGGCGACUUCAAGAGGAAAAAGAGAGAAUUGAGCGAGAGCAAAGACAGCAAGAGCGAGAUAUCAACAGGAAGAAGAAGCAGAAGGCUGAGAAGAUCAAAAAUCUGUGAUAUAGCAUGCUGACUGAGGCUUUACAAAAUAGGGAUCAAGGAUAGAUUUCAAUAUAGAAAAAA